AUGCAGUUUUCUUACCAGCUGGAACACAACACUGUCUCUGAUGCUGUCCACUCUAUGUGGUUUGCAUCAAUGGUCUUUAGCAUUGCAACAGCUGUUAAUAGCCUCCUGAGGCUCACAUGGAAACAAGCAAUGCCCAUGUUAGCUGCUCACCAGGGGAUCAGGUGCCCUGCUGCCUGUUUCUCCAUUGGACUCUGCUGUUUUGCUUAUGCUUCACAUCAGUCCUUCAUAACAGCUACUCUUGCAACUAAAUGGCUCAGUGAUGUGCUUAUUGAGAGCAUAGAACAGUUUGUGCAGACCCCAGUGGUGGGCUGGAUUCAAAUGGUCAUUAAAUUUCUGAGUCACAACAUUGAGAAGACCUGGGCAGUGCUCUUGUCACUCUACAAAUGGCUCAGGAACAUUUUCUCCUUGAGCAAAUUAAACAACGAAGGCAACAAUUUGGAAGCUAAUGGUGUGCCUACUACUAGCAACAGCAGCCCUAAUCAUCUUCCCUCCCACUUGGAGCCAUCAAACCCUAUCAAACUUGGGAUGUCUAGCAUUUCCCUGCCAGAGUUGACAGAAUCCCUGAAGCCCACCCACAUCAUACCACCAUCUGCACCCCUAAACCCCCCCAUAGAGAAAGACAGCCCCUCACCUGAAGCAUCCCCAAUUAGCCCCAGGAAGCAGUUGUGGCAAAAGGCCUUCCAAAACAUGAAGAUGCAGAAUCACCUGACAACAUCUUCUGGUUAUCCUGGACCUUAUGACAGGAAGAAGGCCAUCAUUGAGUCUGUCACUGCUCUCAAAUCCUGGAUAUCAACAUUGGUACCAAAGCUUGCAGCUCUAGAAGCUACUCAAGAUUUGGCUGAACACAACACACUUGUGCAUCACUUAGAGUUCUCUCCUGAUGGGAGAUUCUUAGCCUCCUCAAGCUGGGAUAAGACUUCAACAUUCUUCUGA